AGGGAAACAUGCCUUCCUUAUCUAAUCUGACCCAGAUCCUGGAAGGUGCCUUCAAGAAGAUUUUUAUUACUUAUAUGGACAACUGGCGCAGGAACACCACAGCCGAACAAGAGGCCCUGCAAGCCAAGGUUGAUGCUGAGAACUUCUACUAUGUCAUUUUGUAUCUCAUGGUGAUGAUUGGAAUGUUCUCAUUCAUCAUUGUAGCCAUUCUGGUGAGUACGGUGAAAUCCAAGAGGCAAGAGCACUCCAAUGACCCCUACCACCAGUACAUUGUGGAUGAUUGGCGUGAAAAGUACAAAAGCCAAAUUCUGAAUCUAGAAGAUUCUCGGGCCACCAUUCAUGAGAACAUUGGUGCAACAGGGUUCAGAAUCUCUCCUUGA